GCCAUUUUCCGCUUUUUCAUGUCCACCCACACCAGAACUCGAACAAUCAAGCCCUCAAUCCGUCUCAGGCAGUCAGCAUCCCCAAAAAGUCCCCAGCUUUCGUUCCCUCCUCCACGCAUUAUAUUACAUCCAGAUGAUGCCAACUCGAAGAUACUCAACGCUUUGGCACGUGCUUUGCUCAGCGUCGACAACCGCGCCAUGACUAUCAAGGACCUUUCAGAGAUGGUGGUCAACCAUGGUUAUGUUACUCAAAACGCUUCAGCUGCUUCACAGGCCAUAUCAACAUAUCUUAGGUCUCAUUACGCUCGCUGCGACGCCCAGCAGGAUCACCCUCUCUUACUUCGACAUACAAUGUCUGGAACUAUUGCAGAUGAUCGACUGUUUCCCGCCCUGUAUUCUUCCUCUGGUGGUGCUCACAUCGACUCCCCUCUUAGCGAUCGUCUCACCAACUUCCGCAGAGGCACCACCGUUUAUUAUCUGAGUCGCGUUACAGGGGCCCCUUGUCCAUUUGCACGUGCCAAUAUCAGCCUUGCAGACUACGCUCUAUCUAGCAGCACCACCAACGUUGACCAAGACAAGCCUUCGACCUCGACAAAGGUUCAUUGUGGCCAGAAGCGGAAACGGCGUUCUACCCGAGAAUGCGUUCUCAAGCAGAGCCAUCAUCCUAGAUCUUCUUCCCCGCUGUCCUCUUUCUCUUCAGACGACGAUAAUAACGACCGUAACGACGACGAUGACAGUCAGUCUUCAGAUACAGACGAUGAGCAGCCUCCCCCCAAAGUGAAACUCACUUUGAAAUUACCACCCCUUGCGCGGGUCAUGGCUGAGAAUAGAGCGAAUAAUAUCAUAGUUACAUCAGUCUCACCUGAUCCUGAUCAGCAGCAAUCACCUCCAGAUCAACGCGAGUCGUGCCUACCACCUUAUCCUCGCCGCUCCAUAUCUAUUCCACCAUAUACCCCUGCCACGGAUUUCCCCGCUUAUUCGUGCCACAAUCCAGUCUUGCAGUCUAUCCCACACUCUUUCCAGCAAUUAUCUCGCAGAUCACCUUCGAUUCCCCACAGCGUCGCCUCUCCUCCUCCAGAUUCGGAGGAUGAAGGCAGUCCUGCUGAUUUCCAGGAUAGUGACUCCCAUUCACCUCCUUCCACGCGCUCUUUAUAUUCAGACAGUUCCGAUAGUGAUUGUGACGAUGAUGAAGACGACCCAUUUGACGCUGACUUUGAAGGUCCAGAAUUGGAUUCUGGUGGAGAUGGCUUUUCUUCAUCGGACUGGGAUGAUGAAGAUGAAGAUGUGGACCUUAAGGACGAAGAUGAUUCUUUUAGUACCUGGGACUCUCCAGGUCCACGCUCCCCGUCAGCACCUCCUCUUCCUUCUGCCUCCGUAUCAGUCAAGGAAGAGCCAACUGAUGUGCAAGGCAUCCUAGAUCAAUGGGAGGAUGUGCUCGAUAGCGAGUCUCAAGUGAAGGUUGAACCUACAGAAUGGAAGUGGGACUGGGACGUUAGUUCUCAGGAGCAGUGUAAUCCGUCCUCGUCGUCUUCCGCCUCCGCAUCCCCGCUUCGCAUCAAGCAGGAGGAAGACACUUCACCGUUCGACUUUAGUUUACCCUUCUCCGCGCCGUCAUUCACUGACUGGAGGACUUCAUCGGUCGAUCCUAUGUCUCCUAUGUCUCCGAUCUCCAACCAACAAUCAUUCUCCUUCUCCCUGGAUCAGUCUUCAACAUCUGACGAGCCCACUUUACCUUCCGAUCCCACCAUCACGCAGUCGCUUGCAUCACUCAUUCACACCAUGUCUGUAAACUCUGCGCCGGUUUGCACCCCCUGUGUUUCACCCGACGAUACUCGGAUCCAGGGAUCCCACGGCUCUGGUAUCCUGGACAACGGCGUUGGUGUAGUGAAGACUUGCCAUCCUUGUUAUCCUGAGAUAUGUGCCAGGCAGGUUGAAGGUCUAUCGAUCUAUCAGACUAGUCUUGGUUCCUAUCUGCUCUCACGCCGCACGGAUACCGAUUUCGUCAACCUCACUCCCAUCUUAAACUACGCUCUUCUCCCGCAUCCACCCAUUCACACUAUCUCAAACGCCACGACCAUGAGCAAGGGUUCUGUAGAUUUUCAGGGACUCUGGGUACCGCUGCCUGCUGCUCAAGAGUACAACCAAGUUGUCGGCAACACCCUUUCUACGUUUCUGAGUGAUAACCUCAUUGAACUGUUCCCAAGUGCUUUCAGAGAGUGGGUGUAUCAAUCCAAGAGAUGUGGUUCUUCCGCUCAACACUGUUUUGGUAUGGGAUUACCAAGUGGCGUGCAAGUCAAGGAAGUUGUUGAUGCUGCUGCUGUUGCCGCUUCUUCUCGUGAAGCACAUCCACCUUUAUCGCAAAUAGCCACUUCGACCUCGCCACCGUCGUCUCCUGGACGAUUGAAUGAGGAGAUGCACAUUCCUCUGAGCCCGAAAGAGGAGGAGAUUUUCCAGGAACUAUGUGUAAAUCUGGGAUGGGAGCAGGACGCGCCGCCAAUGUCUGCGACAUCAUUCAAGACGGUCAUACUAGAGAACUCGAUGGGACUUGCAAGAGAUAGAUCCACGUCUCCGCUAUCGUCAUGUCCUCCUUCACCAGAGCCAGCGAAUCAAAUCGUGCUUUCCCCAUCACCGCCCCCUAAUAACCCGAAUCUCAGGAGGAGUCAAAGAGUUGCUAAUGCUUCCAAAUCAAAGACCUCGAUUAGAGCAUCGCGGAAGGGUUCGAGAAAUGUUUCUUGAUUUUCUCCAAGCCUUUUCGUGUGUCCCUUUUGACCUGUUCCAUUUUCUCUUUGCUUUUCGCUGUCUUCGCUAGAAUCAUUGUAUCAGCAGAACCUUUUUCUUCUUCGAUUUGGCUUCUCCCCUCACUUGCGUUUAUACUUAUCAGCUACUCUACUCUUUUUCUCCUAUUCUUCCAGCGAUGACACAUGUACAUGCUCAUUGAUCGCCAUAAUCUACCCACUCGAGGGGAGUCGUAGCGCAACCUCCCUCGAGUAUCUGCACAUAUGGUCUCCAUCUUCCUACCUCCAUGUUUCUUGUUCACGAUCAUGAGAUACCAAAUACCAAAUUAUCCUACGUACUACCCCCCAUGUUUUUACGGUACGACUCCGUCCUAGUUUUUCCCGCCUCUGGAAGUGUAUACAGAAGUCUUUGAAGUAGUUUAAGCUGUUGUGUAUCCCUUUUCUGUUCCUCAAACUUUGUAUUUGGUGCUUGGUUGUGGUCUUUGUGAGUCGUAGUUUUUCGCACUUUCGGAUUUCGUUCACCUGAUGACAUCCAUCAGUUUCGCUCAUGUAUAUAUAGUUCAACGUGGCGGCACGGGGCGGCAUCUAGUCAUAGUCUUAUUCACAUAAAAUUUAUUCAUGGUGGCCCAG